AUGCGCCUCCUCGGCACCGAUGACUCACGUGUCGACCACGCGUCCCGCGCAUCACCGAUCGUGAUCUGGCGGCAGCUUGACUUCUUACCACCAUCACCUCCCCCCCCCAGAGUCGAAGACUCAUCAAUCUGGGCAAUGGCGAUGCAUGAAAGCGCCGAUAACGCCGCCAGUGAUCCCCAAAGUGCUCGCAACCCAGUGGCAAACUCAACCGAACGUCGUGACAACGUCGUCAAGCAGAAAGCGGGCGAAAGACGCGAGGAAAACACAGUGGUCAUACCCCGAGGAGGCGUUGGAGAUGACAUCGCCGUCAAUAAUGAAUCCUACGAGAUGAGCAAGUCGUACGCGGAUGAGAAGUCCCACGAUUUCGAGGGCCCGCCGUUCUUUCCAGAGAAUAGCUCGUCGCGAGGUACAGAGUCCUUUAUACUGGUAGCUCAAACCACUCCGGUACAUCGCCUCCCGAACGAGCUGCUCUCGGAGAUUUUCGAAGGAUUCCUCGCUUCCUCGCUAGCAGAAGACCCAUUUCUCGACAACCCUGUGGCAAUGAUCGCAGCCUCGAUCGCCCGUGUAUGUCGUACCUGGCGUCAAGUGGCCUACAGGACACCACGGCUUUGGACGCACCUCAAGCUCCCUUUUAGGCCCGGACGGCUCGACGCCUACCUUCAGCACUAUCUGGUGCUCUCUCGUGGAUUACCUCUUCAUAUCCAGCUCGCGAAUGGCUCGAUACCACAACUCGGCCCAAUGAGUGCUUACUCGUCGCGUUGGAACACGAUAGACUUACACGGCCGUGGCAGCGACUUUGCCGAGUCUCUCCCGCCCAUCUCCACACCGCAGCUCGAAGGCGUGAAUAUCAGGCUUUCCGGCUGCACGCCUUCUGACCAAACUUUGAGCCUUGCCUUCCUCAAGGAUGCAUCGAAACUCAGUCGACUGGCGGUCAUUGCGUCCAACGAGUCACAUCUCUUCACACUGACGCUGCCGCUUGCGUCUCCCAUCGUAUCCCUCAAACUGGACAUAGCAAUGCUUAGGCUCUCUUGCAUCAUCCCACCACUACGUCAGUGUCGCAAGACGCUACGGGAGCUGGACUUGGCUAUCUCUGACCCAUACAGUACGGUGAUCGGUCCCGACGAGGUAUAUAGAAAGCCCGUCUCUCUACGUGCGCUCAAGUCCCUCGUGCUGCGUCGCAAUUCUAUCGACUUUCUCAGAUACAUCAAGGCUCGACACCUCGAGGAAUUAGUGUUCGAAUUACCGGCAGCCCUCAUUUCCUCAAACCUCCUCGCCUUCCUCGUCCGCAGCCCCUCGGCGGCUAUCCACCUUCGCCGCCUGGACUUGCGAUAUCGCGACAACGAUGCGGAAACGGAGACACUUCUGCAAUGCUUCGAGCUCAUGAGCAACAUCGAAGAGCUGCGCGUCGUGACUGCCUCGCGAGCCGAUGACGUCGGGAAGCUUUUUGGGGACCUCGAGUGCUGCGAGGACGAGCCCCCCUGCUACCAAGGCUGA